GCCUCUCUACCCUCUGCGCCAACGAGAUCACCGAGAGCUGUGCGUCUGCACAUGCGGCGGCUCAGGCUCAGGGUACCGAGGACAAGCGUCUCGAGUCGUCGUGCACACCCAACAGCCAUGACUUGUCUCUUCUCUUUUCCUCUCUCUCACUCUCCUCACCCUCUCACUCCCUCACCCUCUCUCCCUCUCUUUCUGCUUCUGUCUUCUCGUCCCCAUUGCCAUCCUCACCUCACUCACUACUAGCGCUCACCGCUCGAGCAUGACAGGACAAUAACACACAGCGAAUACCCUCUCCUCUUCACAACGACUGCACUCACAAUGACAACGACGACGAGGACGAUACAGGCUGCACGCCACGCUGUCAGCUCCGCUACUCUGGCCGGCCCAUUGAGUAGUAGCAGACGGAGCUUCACGACUGCCACCAGAUUACAUACCAGCUAUGGCUUCAUUGGCUUGGGAAGAAUGGGCUAUCCAAUGGCCAAGAACCUGAGGACGAAAAUCAAGCCAGACGAUACAAUGAUCAUACACGAUGUCAAUGAACAAAUAACGAAGCAAUUCGUGGAUGAAAUGGGAAGCGUGGGACCUGUCACCGCUGCUCAGGACGUAAGAGAGGUGGCUGAGAACUCGUCCACCAUCCUGACCGUCCUCCCCGAACCCCAUCACGUCCAAAACGUCUUCCGCAACAUGCUCCGACCACCAACCCUCCUCAACAAUGCCCAACCCAUCCACUCUGAACGCCUCUUCAUCGACUGUUCCACCAUCGAUGUCCGUUCCUCGGCCGAAGUCUCCAACGCGACCUUCUCUUCCGGCCAAGGCAAGUUCGUCGACGCUCCCAUGUCCGGUGGUGUGGUAGGAGCUGCAGCCGGUCAACUGACCUUUAUGAUGGGCGCCGCACCCGAACUUGUCGACCGAGCGACAGAGAUUCUUCUCAUGAUGGGCAAAAGAGUCGUCCACUUGGGUCCACAGACCAGCGGACUCAAGGGCAAACUCGCAAACAACUAUCUCCUGGCCCUGAACAACAUCGCCACCGCGGAAGCCAUGAAUAUGGGAGUCGUCUGGGGUCUGGACCCCAAAGCUCUAGCGGACAUGAUCAACACUGCCACGGGCAAAUGUUGGCCUUCGGAAGUGAACAAUCCUCAUCCGGGCGUCGUGGAAGGUGCGCCCGCUGGCAGAGGAUAUGAAGGAGGGUUUGGGACAGCGUUGAUGUUGAAGGACUUGAAAUUGGCCAUGCAGGCUUGCGCGGAAUCCGCCAUUACGCCGAGAUUGGGGACGCAUGCGAAGGAUAUUUAUGCUGCGGUGGAAGGGACGCCGGAAUUGCAGGGCAAAGACUUUUCUGUGGUCUAUCAGUAUAUUGGGGGCAAGGCGACGGAUGAUGAGAAGACGUCUAUGUGAAUUGAUUGAAUGAACAGAUACCAGAACUACCUAGGUACGUUACCCUUGGGGACGAUGUGCCCCCUCUUCCCACUAGGUUAGAAGUGCAUGAAUAUCGCUAUCUAUACUUGUAUAGUUACCUAGUCCUCGAAUGUAAAUUUUCGUGGACCAAGUCAGAUAUGUAUGCCUCCUACCAUCCAUCCCAAUUAUACCUACCAUUAGGCAGCUUCAAGUAUCUACAUGUAUCUCUCUUACCUUAGUUCGAC